AGAUACUUCUUUUUAAAAUUGAAAUUUAAACAUUCAAAUUCAGUUGCACAACAAUAACAUUGAUUGAGCAUUUCAUAUCAUUAAACGCUGAAAAUUAUAGCCCGAAAAAAGUUUAUUUACAGAUGAUAUUGGAAUUAGAGAAGGCUAAUCCAUCUACUUGAAUGUAUAGAAUUCAACGAUUUUGUGAUAUUUCUAAACACACAAGUAAUUUUUUAGUUUAAAUAAGAAAACGUUUCAUAUCAUUGUCGAAGAAGGGAAAAUAAUCCAAAUCCAUUUCAAUAUUCACACAAAUCUGUGUACACUCAAUGAAUUUGAAUAAAUCAAAGUAGCCUUUGAAAUCCGAAUGAAACACCGCAAUGCUACGCCGAUUGAAAUGAGUGCGUUACGCGAUAAUCUCAACAUAAUAUGAGUCAAGGUAUGAAGUUUUUAUCAAAAAUAGUCAGCCUAUUAAAAAAUCUGGGAGAUGUGAAUUUUUUUUGGACAUAUUUUAGCCUCAAAUCAUAGUACAGUUAGGUUGUUAGCUCCACUUGUCAUUCAAUCAUUAAAAGUGAUUGUUCAAGCUGUAUCAGAAUGUUUUGAACGUGAACAAAAUUUGAAUUUCCACAAAAUCUCUUCUAUUUUAAACAAGCAAUUUUUUUGCCGACAGAAUCAAUACAAAAGUAAAAAACAAUCCAUUUUCAAAAAGAAAACGUAAAAUAAAUCUAUUUAAACACUUGUAACAAAAGCCAUUUAAAAAAUCCCACCGAAAUCUUUUGAACGUGGUUGCAUCUGUCAAACAGUGUGAAGUUUUGUCGACAACGACAGCAACGACAUUCGAACAGUGUUUUUUUGUUGGUGUGAUUCGAAGUGACACCAAUUGCGCCAAAAAGUGGUUUACAAUCAGCAAGGCAGAUCAAGAUAUGUCAAUUUUGAUUCACGUUUGUGUUGAAUUUAUAUUGCACAAUAUUGCAUUUUAACCAAACCACUAUUUUUGAUUGCACCUUGGAAAUUUUCAAAUUGCUGUUUAUCGUAUCAACGAACAAUGGGCAGUAGAGAUAUUCGGUCAUUCUUUUCGAUGGGCGCAAAGCCAGCGGCACCAGCUGCACCGAAUAGCGCUCAAAAACGGAAGCCAGUUGUUUUAGAUGACAGUGAUGAUAAUGAUGAUGGUGGCCGUAAAAAUGGACCUAGCGAUGCUAAGGUAAAACCUUCAUCACGAAAUGAUGAAUCGAAAUCAAAGAAACGUCGUGUCAUUUACUCGUCGGAUGAAGAUGAGCCAAAAGAGUCGAAGACAUCAAAAGAUCCGGUGGCCACUGUGUCGAGUAAAUUGUCGAAGAUGAAAACGGUCGAUGUUUCGAAUGCCUUCGGCAGUGGGCCAGUCAAGAGAGUUGAAAAAGAAAAGAAACCGAAUCAAAUCGUAAACUUGAACGUUUUCGACGCAGACACCGAUGACAUGGAGCUGAUGAAUGUUGAUGAAGAACUGUUGUCACCGAGUACAAAGAAAAAAGGCUCCACCAAAAAAGAUGUGAAAGUGAAGGAAGAGAUAAAAUCGCCUGUGAAAGACAAAACACCGUUGAAAACAAAGAACAAUAAAACACCGGAGAAGGUAAAACAGGAAAAGAAAUCGCCCGAUGCCAUUAAGGCCGAGAAGAAAACACCGGUCAAAAAAGAAAAACGUGAUGAAUCGAAGGAAAAAAAUGACCGGAAGAAGGAGUCAGAUGAUGAUCGCUCAGCCAAGAAGAAGAAAGAAAAAUCUGCAACUCCCGCAUCGAACAAAAAGCCCAAGCAAACAAACGACGAUGAAGUGGAACUCGAUCCAAUUGAUACUGAUCAGGAGAAGCAUGAGAAGCGUCGUGCAGCGGCUAUGUUGUACAAACAAUUCCAGAAACGUGCCGGUCCAUCGAAUCCAGGCAGCAAAGAGAUUCCAAAGGGCAAACCAAACUGCUUGGAGGGUUUGGCAUUCAUUUUGACAGGUGUCUUUGAAUCAAUGGAACGUGAGGAAGCGGGUGCGGUUAUCAAAGAUUUGGGUGGCCGUGUCACAAGUGCCAUAUCGAAGAAAACGAAUUACGUUGUUGCUGGCGAAGAAAGUGGUCCGGCCAAAUUGGCCAAAGCUGAAGAUAUGAAUAUUCCCAUCAUCAAUGAAGAUGAUUUGUUGGAUUUGAUUCGUGAAAAAUCCGGUCUGCCAACACUCAAGAAAAAGGUGAAGAAAGAAGAAGUGAAAUCACCACGCAAGGAGGAAAAGAAAUUGCCAAAAGAAGCUAAAAACGAUAAACGCACUCAUUCGCCGGCAAAAUACGAAUCGCCAAAGAAGAUUAAAGUCGAAGCGAAACCAGUUAAAGCUGAAGAAGCUCCAAAGCCCAAGCCACCAACGCCAAUCAGUAAAGAUACUCCACAGCCAUGGGUAGAAAAGUACAAACCGAAAACAAUCAAAGAUAUCAUUGGUCAACAAGGCCCGAACAGUAACUGUAACAAGCUCAUCAAAUGGUUGGAAAACUGGCCCAAAAACAAUGAUGGUAAAAAGAAGCACGCACGUCCAAAUCCAUGGGCAAAGAACGAUGAUGGUGCCGCAUUCAAAGCAGCGUUGCUAUCUGGGCCACCUGGCGUUGGUAAAACGACAACGGCUUCGUUAGUUUGCCAGCAUUUGGGCUACGACACAAUUGAAUUCAAUGCAUCCGAUACGCGAAGCAAGAAACUGUUGCAAAACGAAGUGUCCGCUUUGAUUGCCAACAAUACACUUCAUGCUUACGGCACUGGACGUGCUGAGAAAUUGGGCGAGAAAAAGGUGCUUCUGAUGGAUGAAGUCGAUGGAAUGGCUGGUAAUGAGGAUCGCGGUGGAAUGGCCGAACUCAUUGCACUGAUAAAGGCAUCAUCGGUACCCAUCAUUUGCAUGUGCAAUGAUCGCAAUCAUCAGAAAAUACGUUCAUUGAUCAAUCAUUGCUUUGAUUUACGUUUCGCACGACCGCAAUUGCCUCAAAUCAAAGGUGUCGUUAUGUCGAUUCUGUUCAAAGAAGGUGUGAAACUGCCACCAAAAACAAUCGAAGAGAUUAUUCAAGCCACGAAUCAUGAUGUGCGACAAACAUUGAACUCACUGUCAUUGAUCAGCGUAAAACCAGAUGCCACCGGCAGUGGAUUGCGCAACGAUAAUGGCAAGAAAGAUUUGCGACUUGGUCCAUGGGAAGUUGUGCGAAAGGUGUUUUCAGCCGAGGAGCACAAAACAAUGUCAUUGAAUGAUAAAGCCGAUUUAUUCUUUCACGAUUACAGUUUGGGUCCACUGUUUGUACAGCAAAAUUACUUGAGCGUUGUUCCAAAUGGUCCAAAAUCCAAAACAAUUGAACAAGUAGCUUUGACAGCUGACAGUUUAAGUUUAGGUGAUUUGGUUGAAAAUCGAAUUCGUAGUCGAAUGGCAUGGUCAUUGUUACCAGUUCAAGCGAUGUAUAGUUCGGUUAUGCCCGGUGAAUACAUGUCUGGCCAGAUCACAUCUCAGAUCAACUUUCCCGGCUGGCUCGGAAAGUACUCGAAAACACAGAAGCGCAGCCGUUUGGCCCAGGAAAUUCACGAUCAUACUCGUAUUCGUACAAGUGCCUCACGUGUAUCGAUUCGUCUUGAUUAUGCUCCAUUCUUGCUGCACAACAUUGUUCAACCAAUGAUUGACGAUCAAAAUGAAGGAGUCGAAGAAUCACUUAACGUAAUGAAAGAAUACCGUUUGCUGCGCGAAGAUCUCGAUGCAUUGGUCGAACUGACCACAUGGCCUGGCAAAAAGGGUCUAUGGGAUUCGGUCGAUGGUCGUGUCAAAGCCGCACUCACUCGUGCCUACAACAAAGAGGUUGCACCAUACACAUACUCUGCCAUCACAGCUACGAAAAAGAAGAUGGUAGCCGUUAGCGAUGAAGACUACAUGAACGAGUUGGGUGAAGAAGGCGGUCAAGGGAGCGACAGCGAUAACGAAGAUGACGACAAGCUGGAAAAUGACACAUUGAUCAAAGCGAAGAAACCCAGUGGAAGUUUAAAAGCAAGCGGAAGCUCAAAAGCAAGCGGAAGUGCCAAGAACAGUAAGCCAAGCACAUCGGUCAAAGGCCGUGCGGGCACCAGCAAAGCAUCAUCUUCUAAGAAGAAGUGAAUUUAUUUCUCGUUAAAUCAUCACAUUCAUUUUUUUUUUGUUAAGUUGUUCUUUUUUUUUUCUCCAAAAACAUUCUCUGUUAUGAUGAAGCCACGAAGUAUUUAGUAUUGAAAUCUCAACAAAUAAAGAAUCUCAGAAGCAAAGUUUGUUUA